AUGGAGCUAUGGGGAUGGAUGAAACGGAAGGAAUUGCUAUGGGCUCAGAAAUCAAGGGCAAAAUGGGUGAAAGAGGGUGACAAAAACACGAAGUACUUCCAUGCUUUAGCCUCCAUCCGAAAGAGAAAAAACUAUAUAACCUCUCUUUUUACUAACGGCUGUGUUAUAAGUGAUCCUGCAGAAAGCCCCGGACCUGAUGGCUUUAAUUUCUUAUCUAUCAAGAAGGCAUGGGAUGUAAUCAAAGAAGAUAUCUAUGGUAUACUUGAGGAAUUCUGGACAUCAAGCCGCCUCCCAAAAGGCUCGAAUGUAGCCUUUAUUGCUCUGAUUGCCAAGAUUGAUAAUCCGGAGGGUUUGAAGGACUACAGGCCAAUCAGCAUGGUCGGGUGCAUAUAUAAGAUCAUCUCCAAAGUGCUGGCAAAAAGGCUCCAGCGAGUCAUUGACACCCUAAUUGGGCCAUUCCAAUCCUCCUUCAUCGCAGGGCGUCAAAUUCUAGAUGGGGCCUUGAUAGCCGGAGAACUCAUUGAACAAUGUCUCAAGGUAAACUUUCACAAGAGCUCGCUUCUUGGAAUUAAUGUGGAUGAUGUAUGGUUAAAGAAUGCAGCAAAUCUUCUUCUAUGUAAAGUGGGCUCCCUCCCAUUUACAUAUCUCGGCCUACCUAUUGGGGGAAACAUCUCAAGGAUAGAUUCAUGGAACCCAAUAAUCUUCGUAUUGAAAAGAAGCUUGCAUCAUGGAAAGGGAGAUUUCUCUCAAUAG